AUGGCGGCCCUCGAUGCUGUGCGCUCAACCACGCCUCGGGGUCAUGAUGCACAGAGACGAUAUGCGGACCGAUUGAAGGGUUUCGCCUAUUUGGAAUCCUUCGACGAGCUGGAAGCAUGGACAGAGGACGAUGUCGACUCGUUGCAAAAAGCCAAUACUCCAUUGAUGCGAGCUGAGUCUCUUGUCUUGGACCGCAAUAACGACCAAAAUGGUAAAUCCCGAGUCAUGCUCAUUCAUGACUACAAAGGCGGCUACAAUGAUUACGAGAGCUGUCAGGGUGCCGCUGUCGAUAAGGACAUGUACUCGUGCGACUAUCUCCAACACGUUGAAUCGUUUGUCUACUUCUCGCACAAGCUGGUCUCCAUCCCUCCCCCUACCUGGACCAAUACAUGUCAUCGCAAUGGUGUAGCAACGCUCGGGACAUUCCUCGUGGAGCCUGGGUCGAUCGGAGUCGAGCGUAUCCUUGAAUGCAACGAAGAGGGAAUCUUUUGGGUGGCGCGCAAGCUGGCACGGGUUGCGAAAGAGUAUGGCUUCGAUGGCUGGCUGAUCAACAUCGACAUUGGGUUUCCGAUGUGGGCAUGGAGCUUGGAGAAGCUGGAGGGCUUCCUCCGGCAGCUGAGAAGCGAUCUCGGGCCUAAGCGCAAAGUGGUGUACGAUGCACUUACCACAUUGAACUUUGUCUGGUAUCAAAACACUUUCAAUUCUUUGAACGCGCCAUACGCUCUCGCGGCCGGCUCAAUUCUUACAAACUACGCAUGGAGACCCGAUUUGGCAGCCUCCGCGAAAGAUCUCGCCGAGAAGACCGGACUAGGUGCUAAGAAUGUGUACUUCGGCAUCGACAUGUGGGCACAAAACGCUCAAUAUGGUCGCAACCGGAGGAUUACCUGGCCUCGAGAAGGCGGCGGGGGCACAGGCACAGGACUUGGUCUGGAUGUCCUCAAAGACCAUGGCCUUCGAGUAGGCAUCUUUGCUCCAGGCUGGCCAUUCGAGCACUUCGAGGAACACGCUCGGGAAGUCGACCGUUCGGUGUGGCAAGGAGAUGCCAUGCCUAUGGACCUGCCGUGUGACUGCAAUCCCGAACGACCUCAUGAUUCGGUGGCCCGCGGUGGCGUUGUAAGAUACGCUCGAGGUCAUGCAUUGGGCACGAAGUCCGUCUUCCACACGGACUUCACGCGAGCCUUUUCUACGGGCGCCACGACUGGCAGAAUUGUUCAGGCACAUCUGGGAUCACAGACGGCCCUUCCUUUGGCAUCCAAGGCUCGAUUCAGGAGCCUGCCAUUUUCGAUGUCGAACAAACCUCAUGCAUCGGUUGGUGAAGUGUCCAUUGAGCUCUCAGGCUUGCCAACAAGAUGCGUCGUGUCAGCACGACGUGGCUCAGCAUCGGCAGAAUCUGGCCCAGCUGUCGCCUACCUGCAUCUCUUUGGUCUCGACGUCCCAACGAGUAGCUCAAAGCACGAGCUCACGGUAGCAUAUCGCCAUUUACAGAAAGGUCUCUGUGUGUUUUCCAUCGUAGGACCUUGUAGCCCCAUUCUGGUUGACAAGGAUCCGGACAAAAACGGAGUGAGUUACUACACGACCUCUGGCCUAAAAUCGAUCAGCGACAUUUCACUCGAGGUCUUCUGCUAUGGCCCAUCACUGCUCCCACAUAAAUCCGAGGAACUCUUCGAGCUGCUUUCGAUCACAAUCCGGCCUGAAGGGAGCGAGCAGAGUUGCGACAUUUGCGACUUGCGAUUACAAUCGUGGAGCACCGCAGCCAUCGCUCAUCGGCGUCUGAACUGGUCGGUCUCUCCAGCAGACAUCGAGGAUGCUGGUCUACGCCCCGAUGUGCCCUGGAGUGCCACAACCGGACCUUGUGCGUACUUUGUGGUGCAGAUCGAUGGUCGGGAGGCUGGUCGUGCCUAUGCUUUGGACUUUGUCCUCUCAGACGACAUGUCCUCUGAUUGGGCCGAAACCGGCGUAGCGGAAGUGCAGAUUGCUGCUGUUGGAUUCGAUGGCCGAGUUUUGACAACGACACAAAGGAUGAUACCAUGGAUUUAUGACAUUGACGAUGAUGAUGAGGAAUGGGUAGUGGUGGAACAUGCACCUGAGGAUUUGGAGUAA